AAAGCCGAAGCUGAUUCUCAGCUGGUGACUCUCGAGUUAUCUGAACCCAAUAUUGACCACGUUGAGGAGUCAGAUUCCUCAGAUCAUCUCCAACAGAUGGAGAGCUCAGAAGCAGGAUCUUUUGAAAAUUCGGAGACAAUGGAUGCCAAGUCAACAAAUUUUAUAGGUCAAGCUGAGGGCAAUGCCCCUGUGCCUGAAUUGCAUGGUGUUAUGAAUUUGCGGGAGAGCAUAGAUGAGCCGGAGAUACAAGAAGAAGAGAUUGCCGAGAAAGUUUCUGCAAUUCAGACCGAGGAUGAAUCAACUGAUAACCAAGCUGAAGCUGGGACAAUCCCCCCUAUUUCAAAUUCUACUAUAUCUGAUGAGACUGGAAGUGCUGAGCAACAUUCUGAAAACCAUUCUUCGGAUGUACAGAAUCAAGAUGAGGCUUCAGAGAUGGUUUCUGUGUCAGUUACACAUGAAAAAGAUGUAAUUGCUAAAGCUGUUGAAGUGUACGAACAAGCAAGUGAUCUUGAUACUAACAUAAAAGAACAUCGUCUGAGUUCAGGAAGCAACUCACCCAACAUUGCGGAUUCUGUAUCUGAACUAGAGAAUGUGAAGAGAGAGGUGAAAAUGAUGGAAACUGCACUUCAAGGAGCUGCUAGACAAGCUCAGGCAAAAGCUGAUGAAAUUGCGAAGUUAAUGAAUGAAAACGAGCAGCUAAAAGCUGUUAUUGAGGAUCUGAAGAGAAAAUCCAAUGAAGCCGAAAUCGAGUCUCUCCGAGAGGAGUACCACCAAAGGGUUGCAGCUCUUGAGAGAAAGGUUUAUGCUCUCACUAAGGAAAGGGAUACAUUACGUAGAGAACAGAGUAAGAAAAGUGAUGCCGCUGCUCUUCUGAAGGAAAAAGAUGAAAUAAUCAAUCAGGUUAUGGCUGAAGGUGUGGAAAUCCUAGGCGAGGGCUGCAGUUGCAACUCUGGAGUAAGAACUCCUUAUCAUCUUCUUGAUGGCAAUUUGGCUCGUGUGGAGGAUAGAAUGGAGGCGGAGCUUCAUGCUAAUAAGUUUCAACUGUUUUCAGUUUUGUUGGAUGUGUGUUGCUUGGAUGGUAGGUUCCAUGGGUUCAUUGCAUUGUUAAUUGUCCCUAAAAAACAUGGGGAUGAGGGACUUACUGCAGCAAAAGGUGAAGAGCUUUCAAAAAAGCAAGCUGCUCAAGAAUCUCAGAUUAGGAAAUUAAGGGCACAGGUUGAAGAGAAUAAAGUAGACAGUAUAAAGAGGGAUAAGGCCUCAACUGAGAAGUUGCUGCAAGAAACAAUAGAGAAACACCAAGCUGAACUUGCAAGUCAAAAAGAAUAUUACACGAAUGCUUUGAAUGCAGCAAAGGAAGCCGAAGCAUUAGCGGAGGCUCGGGCCAAUAAUGAAGCCAGAACUGAAUUAGAGUGUCGUCUAAGAGAGGCUGAGGAACGUGAAACUAUGCUAGUUCAGACGCUUGAAGAAUUACGGCAAACUCUGAGCAGAAAGGAGCAGCAGGUUCCUGUUUGUAACAUUGAGAUUGCAGCUUCUGCCUUUAUAUCUGCCGUACUCUAUAUAAUCUUCUUCAUGUUUCAGGCAGUUUUGAGGGAAGAUAUGCUGUGCAGAGACAUUGAGGAUCUUCAAAAACGAUAUCAAGCAAGUGAGCGCCGAUGUGAGGAAUUGAUAACACAGGUUCCUGAAUCUACUAGGCCUCUUUUGAGGCAGAUUGAAGCUAUGCAGGAAACAACUGCCAGAAGAGCCGAAGCUUGGGCUGCUGUGGAGAGGUCACUAAACACACGGCUUCAGGAAGCAGAGUCCAAAGCUGCAGCUGCAGAGGAAAAAGAGCGAUCCAUAAAUGAACGCUUGUCUCAAACGUUAUCUCGAACAAAUGUUCUUGAAGCUCAGAUUUCAUGUCUUAGAGCUGAGCAGACUCAGCUGACUAGGUCCCUUGAAAAGGAGAGACAGAAAGCUGCAGAAAAUAGGCAGGAGUACCUUGCAUUAAAGGAAGAAUCUGACACUUAUGAAGCUCGUGUAAACCAGCUUGAAGAAGAGCUAAGGGAACUCAGGAGGAAACACAAGCAAGUGUUACAAGAAGCAUUGACGCACCAAGAACUUCUGCGACAGGAGGUAGAACGAGAGAAAGCUGCUCGUUUGGAACUGGAAAGGACUGCUCGCCUUCAAUCUUCUGCUGUAGCUGAUCAAAGUCCAAUAUCAAAGAAGUCUGCUGUUGAGAAUGGAUACUUGACUCGCAGACUUUCAAGUGCUGGCAGCUUGAGCAGUAUGGAGGAAAGUGAUUUUCUGCAGGCAUCUUUAGACUCAUCUGAUAGUUUCUCUCGACGGAGAAAUCCAGGAGAGACAACAAUACCACCAUAUUAUAUGAAGAGCAUGACCCCAAGUGCUUUUGAAGCUACCCUUCGUCAAAGGGAGGGGGAACUGGCAUCUUACAUGUCUCGAUUGGUAUGAAAACUACCAUUUAACCAUUAUUUGGUGCGAUGCACUAUUAUGUUGUGUUGCGCCUCACAUUGGACUGCAGAAUUAAGUGUCUGCAAUGUUGGUUGUAAUCACAUUAAGUUCUACAACUUAUCUUCUUUCGAGUUCCAUCAAGUAUAAUGGUUUUCAUGCACUCCAGGCAUCUA